AUGCAGGACUACGAGGGGGUCACCGCCUUCCUGGGCGAGUGGGGCCCCUUCCAGCGCCUCAUCUUCUUCCUGCUCAGCGCCAGCAUCGUCCCCAAUGGCUUCACCGGGCUCUCCAUCGUCUUCCUGGCCGGCGCCCCCGAGCACCGCUGCCGGGUGCCCCCCAGCGCCAACCUGAGCCGCGAGUGGCUCAACGCCAGCAUCCCCCGCCAGGUGCAGGGCGGCCGGGAGGGGCCCAGCAGGUGCCGCCGCUACCGCCUGGAGUCGCUGGCCAAUUUCUCCGCGCUGGGGCUGCAGCCCGGCAGGGAUGUGGAUCUGAGUCAGCUGGAGCAGGAGAAGUGUCUGGACGGCUGGGAGUACAGCCGGGAGCUCUACCUCGACACCAUCGUCACCGAGUGGAAUCUGGUAUGUGAUGAUGACUGGAAAGCUCCCUUAACUGCCUCCUUGUUUUUUGUGGGUGUACUGGUUGGAUCCUUUAUAUCAGGACAGCUCUCAGACAAGUUUGGCAGGAAGAAAGUUUUGUUUGCGACCAUGGGGGUGCAAACCGGCUUCAGCUUCCUGCAGGUCUUCUCUACCAGCUGGGAGAUGUUUUCAGUGCUCUUUGUCAUCGUCGGCAUGGGACAGAUCUCUAACUAUGUGGCAGCCUUUGUACUUGGCACAGAAAUUCUUGGCAAAACAGUUCGUAUUAUAUUCUGCACAUUAGGUGUUUGCAUAUUUUAUGCAAUUGGCUACAUGUUGCUGCCACUGUUUGCUUACUUCAUCAGAGACUGGCGGAUGCUGCUUCUGGCUCUUACUUUACCUGGGCUGCUUUGCAUUCCACUGUGGUGGGUCGUUCCAGAAUCUCCCCGGUGGCUGAUCUCUCAAGGAAGAGUACAAGAGGCAGAAAUCAUCAUCCGAAAGGCUGCAAAAACAAAUGGUAUUACAGCCCCAGAUGUAAUAUUUGACCCUAUGGAGCUGCAGGAAAUGACUUCCCAGAAGCAGCAGACGCACACCAUUUUGGACCUAGUGAGGACAAAAAAUAUUCGAUUUGUCACUAUUAUGUCAGUGAUUAUUUGGAUGAUAAUCUCUGUAGGCUAUUUUGGCCUCUCACUUGACACUCCUAACUUGCAUGGUGAUGCCUACGUAAACUGCUUCCUCUCAGCGGUUAUCGAAGUUCCAGCCUAUAUUAUAGCCUGGGUGCUUCUCCGAAAUCUCCCGCGACGAUAUUCGCUGGCUGCUGCAUUAUUCUUGGGAGGCUGCGUCCUUCUCUUCAUUCAGCUGGUCCCUCCACACCUUCACAUCCUGUCCAUUAUCUUGGUGAUGCUGGGUAAAUUUGGGAUCACAUCUUCCUUUUCAAUGGUUUACGUUUACACUGCUGAGCUGUACCCAACAGUCGUGAGGAAUAUGGGAGUUGGAGCCAGUUCCAUGGCCUCCAGAUUGGGCAGCAUCCUCUCACCUUAUUUUGUUUACCUUGGUGCCUAUGACAGAUUCCUGCCUUACAUCCUCAUGGGAAGCCUGACUGUGCUGACGGGAAUCCUUACUCUGUUUCUCCCAGAAAGUUAUGGCAUGCCUCUCCCAGACACCAUAGAGCAGAUGCUGCGGGUUAAAGGACUCAAGUACAGACAUACAUCUAAUAGCACAAGGGUUUCAAAGGACGAAGAAGAAAGCCCAGUGAUUCUUAAAAGCACGGCUUUUUGAUGACACUACACUGUAUACUUCAUGAUGGACUGAAAAGUAAACUGACUUUUCUUUUAAUUUUCCUUCCAGAAAGGGCUAGU